CUUGUUCUUAAAGGCAUUCUGCAGUUAAAUUUAUAUAUCUCUGCACAGCUAUUUGUUGUGCUACAGAAUAAUGGGAUGUGCUUGGAUGAGUGUGACCUUUCUAGCUGGCGGAGCGCAGGCACAGUGAAAUACCCUGUCUUUGGAUGGAUUAUUCGGCAGCCCGUGCUUUGGCUGGCAGCCCAGAAAAGGCUUUUGUAAUGAAAACAUGAUCUGGUUUUCUGUGCAGCCAGCCCUGAGACCGAUGUGCCUCCUGCUCCAGCUCUCUGGAAGCAGCCCAGCCAACAUGCACAGAACUGUGAGUGCUCUCUUUGUGCCGUUCCUUUUAAGUGCUUGUGUCGGAAGCCAAAAAGCCAGCUAAUUGAUUGUGACUUGAUGUCCGAUGCAUCUCUGUGGUGCGCUUUGUUUCAGCCAGUGAGGAUAUUUCAGUAAAUUGACGAUACAGAACAUGUAGAACGUAGGGUUUGUGUCGCAGCUGUUGGAAAUGGGGAACGCGAGUGCUGAGAGUAAAUUGAAUCCUGAAUCUUUUGUAAUGGAUGAUGAAUGUCAGAAACAGGAGGCUGUACCUGAUGGGGAAGUUAAAAGGAAACAGAAGGAUGCAGAGCUUGAUAAAAAGAUUGAAGCACUGAGAAAAAAGAAUGAAGCACUUAUACGACGGUAUCAAGAAAUCGAAGAGGAUAGAAAGAAUGCAGACAAAAUUGGCAUGGCAGUCACCUCGCGGAGACCUAAACCUGAAAGCCUAACCAUUACAAUUACAAAGACGCCUAAUGAGAAAAGAGUUGUAAGUGAAAGCUUUAUUGGCCUCAGUGACAGUGAGGAGGAAGAUGAGCAGAGCUUUACUUUCCGCAUGGGGAAAAAAGUUGAGCUGGAAGUUACAAUGGACAAAAAUUCUAAGGGCAAGAGAGUAGUGGCAAAGAAGACUGGCCAAGACAGUGUGCAUGGCAAAACUGAACCCCCAGGCUUAACUAAUGACCGACAGAUGGAUAAUUUAUUCACUUUUGGCAGAGGACGUCGUAUGCAGAUUGCCAUUACAAUGGAGAAUGAGCAGACGAAGAAAAGCAAUGAAAAGAAGAGGACGUCCUCUACCAAAGAGCAGAACAAGGGGAAUGAGAAUGGUCCUUUAGUGACCUGUUCAGGUGAAACCUUAACAAUGACUGAGCUGGAACAUUUAGAAUAUAUGCGUUGGAAGAAAGAGCGAGAACAAAUUGACCAAGAGAGACUUGCACGGCACAAAAAUUCCAAAGGGGAGUGGAGACGAGCGUGGGAUGCUGAGAAGACUCAAAAUAUGUUUGAUGGUGACUAUUCUGGCAUACAUCAAGAAGGAUUCUGUGGAAGGAGAGCAGGAAUUUUUGGUGGGAAAAAGCCUCUGGAUAAACAGACUGUGGGGGACAACAAAGGGAAACAAACACAGGCCGUAAAUGAGAAUGUGUCAAAACCAUUACCGACCAUAAGCAGCAAUGCUAAAGGAAAAGACAGACUUACUGGCAGAGCCCAAAGGUGGGACACUGCAGAGGGGCUGGAUUCUGCCAACAUGUUGGAUGGAAUUUCCCUGUUGGGAAUCUCAGAAUGCAAAGAAUAUUCCGGCUUCAUGCCACAACUUAAGGGCUCGGAGCAAUCUUUCAAGCAAUACAGUAACGCUUUUGGGAGACAGGAGCCCAUGUGGCAGAAGAGGCAAAUUGAAGGCAAAGAAAAUGCAGCAAAUUUUUCCUUUCACCAGGGCUCAUUCUCGCCUAAUGCUUAUCUGGUUACAUGCUCAGAAAUAUUACCUGAGAAAAUGUCUAAAGGUUUGGGUGAAGGGAUAAUAUCAGAAAGUCAUUUUCACAUUCCCUCACAUAAACAAGAGGCCAGAAAAGAGACUGAUGCCGAUUUCUCACUAGAAGGUAGAGGAGUGGGAGACUAUCUGUCAGUGCUGAAUAGUGACACAGAACUGGCAGGCUUGGAAAGUGUGAGAAGCCAGAGAAGAAGCAAGGAAAGCUAUGCUAAAGCACAAGUGCACUGCUGUUAGCAUGUUGAAAUGCCAUGCUGGCCAAUCAUGGCUAACUAAAACUGAAGCCUAGAAGAUUGAAGAGAAUCUUCCAAAAAAAUUGGAUAUGGUUUUUGUUUUUUUUUUUGUUUUUUUUUAUUACAGGCAUGCUGAGAACCAUACAUUUUGUUUUUUUUGCACUAUUUACAUUUUGCUGUUUGGUUUUCGCUUUUUCCUUACCAAAGGAAUAGCAUGUUACUACAUUUUGCAAGUUGAAAGCUAUUUUUCGUAUAUAUAUGCACACAUAGAUACAUGUUUGGAUCUCUGGUGCAUUGAUUUCAACUCAUUUGCUGUUAUUUGGGUACUUGACCCUUCCUAGUGUCAAUUUAGGGACAAAAUAUUUUACUCAUCCGCUCCAUAGAACCCCCUGUAGAGCCUAAAACUAUAACAGGUCACGCUGCCACUAACAUUGUGACAUUAUGUGACGUUUAUUACUGUAAUAAAAUCAUUUUGGUGGCUUUGAAUAAACAUAUCAGAAUUACAGUAUGUACUGUAGAAAUUUUAAAUUGGAUGCAAAUUUUUAUUUUUAAGCUCAUAUCCUUGUCCCUUUGUUAAAGUGGAACCAUUUCAUUUACACUAGAACUUCAACCUUGCAUCAGCCAUCAGGCUCGCCAAGUAUUGCAGGGGGCUAUGCAGACUCCAUUCAUGCGGUGAUGCCAUCUAAUGACUCAGUUUAGCAUUUUGACCACAGGUACAACUCUUGGCAGAAUUUGAUAAACCAAAAUGCUAGUGUUUAGCCCAAAAUGAGCACAUUUUAUAAAGGAUUGCUCCAUAAUUUGCCAAGCCUAACCAGAAAAAUCUGGCUAGAGCAUAGACACCCUGCUGCAAGAAUGUCCUUCACUUGCCAGUAACGUACUGCAUAUUAUCCUGCAUGAGGGGAAAAUGUCUGAUAAGAUUUUUUUGAUCCUUACUGGAAAUGUUGUUGCUUAAUUGUAUAAUAUUUUUUUUUUUCUGCCUUAGUAAUUAAGAAUGUGCCAUUUAUGUAAACAUGUUGUCUCAUGUGGUUGCACCUUUCCUGCAUUAAACCUUUGAACUGAUUA